CCGAAAAAUGGUCAAACACACGCUGCCUGGUGGAGGGACUGCCAGAUUGUGAAAGCAUAAAGCUAGUAAUCAGAUCGAGUCCUAUGGGUGCAUGUGUGCGGCCUCUUUCUAUAAUUAUUAUGAGCGAAAUCCGGAGGAGGGUAUGUACUUGGUAUAUGUCUCUGCAGAGGGCGAGCCAGUGAAAAUGCCUCCAGAGAUAGAGGGAGUGGUUGCUAAAUACUCGGAUUUAUUUGAAGAGCUGAAAGGGGUUGUUGAGAGGGAGGUCGUCCAUGCGAUAGAGAUUAUCCCAGGGUCUAGUAUUCCGAGGGUUAGGAUCUAUCGGAUGUCUCCAGUGGAGCUUGAUGAGCUUCGCCGACAACUUAAGGAUCUCCUAGAGAAGGGUUGGAUCCGACCGAGUGUCUCCCCUUAUGGAUCUCCUGUCGUAUUCGUACCGAAGAAGGGGGGAACGUUGAGGAUGUGCAUUGACUAUAGGGGCCUCAAUGUCAUCACUGUGAAGAACGCAGACCCCCUACCUCGCAUCGAUGACUUGUUGGACCGGGUGCAAGGGUGUCGGUACUUCAGUAAGAUAGAUCUGAAGUCCGUGUACCAUCAGAUUGCAAUCCGGCCCGAGGAUCAACACAAAACCGCUUUUCAGACCAGGUACGGUCUGAACGAGUUUGUGGUGAUGCCUUUCGGCCUUUGCAAUGCUACUGACACCUUUCAGCACGCGAUGAACCGGAUUUUUCAUGACUACUUAGAUAAGUUUGUCAUCGUGUACCUUGACGACAUACUUAUCUUUCGUAGGACUGUUGAGAUCAACCGGGAGAAGUGCGAGUUUGGCUACACCCAGAUCUUGUAUCUGGGUCAUGAGAUUUCUGUGGAGGGACUGAAGCCCGAUGACGCAAAAGUGGCCAACAUUCGUGACUGGCUGCGACCUCAGUCUGUGACUGAGGUGAGGUCCUUCUUGGGGAUGACCGGCUACUACCGCAAUUUCGUGAAGAACUAUAGCAUAGUGGCAGCGCCCUUGUCGGAUCUCACACGCCUUGACACCCCUUGGGAGUGGACAGACAGGUGUGAGGCUGCUUUCAAACAUCUGAAACAUUCUCUGACACACCAUAAGGUCUUGAAACUUCCUGAUCUUGACAAACCGUUCGUGGUGACCACAGAUGCCAGCCAAUAUGGCAUUGGCGCCGUGCUUGCGCAGCAGGAGGGGAAAAAGUUGAGGCCGGUAGAGUACAUAUCCAAAAAGAUGCCCUCUCAGAAGUUGGCUAAGUCCACCUACGAGAAGGAACUCUAUGCGAUCUACAAAGCACUGACUCACUGGAGACACUACCUCCUUGGGCGAUUCUUCGACAUCAGGACUGAUCAUCAAACCCUGCGGUGGAUGAGGACUCAACCGGUAUUCUCCGAUGUUUUGAAACGUUGGAUUGAAGUCAUAGAACAAUAUGACUUUGAACCUCUGUAUGUCAAUGGGGAGUACAACAAGGUUGUUGAUGCGUUGUCACGUAGACCAGACUUCCUUGGGGCGCUGAUUACUGAGUUUGGGCUUGCGGACGAUGUUACUCAGUCCUUGGUGGAAGCCUAUCGCGAGGAUCCGUUCAUGGCAGAGAUCAUACGCACACUCGAAGUGAAGGACAAGGUGACUUCUGACGAGUUUGUGUUGGUCGAUGGCCUGUUGUUCCUCGAGAAAGCCGGGAAUAAACGUCGACUGGAUGAGAAGCUUGCUCUCGUCGCCAGCUUGUACAAUAACGCUGUGCACAGUGCUACAGGGGUAAGCCCCAACAGUCUAGUGCUAACUUUCAAGCCUCGACUGCCUCUAGAUUGCUUACUACCUGAGAACCAGUCCACUGCUGCGCCUGGUACUUCGGAAUUUGCUCAUCGCUAUAAGGGUCUCACGCAGCAAGCAGUGGACAACAUGCACAAAGCACAGGCGGUGAUGAUAGAGUCAGAAAACAAACACCGCCGUCCUUCUGCAUUCCAGGUUGGGGAUAGAGUCUGGGUAAAGGCAUCCAAACUCGGGCAAGAGCACAGGAUUUCCCGAAAGCUCAUGCCAAAGUACUUCGGACCAUGGGAGGUUCUAGACAUUGUCGGAGAUAAUCCAGAUGGGACUUCCUACGUGACACAGAUCUCUGGUCACCUUCGCACCUACCCUGUCUUUCAUGCCUCCAAACUUGCACCUUUCAAGGAAACUGACCAAUUUCCCUCUCGACGGUUUAUGCUGCCCCCAACCAUGGAUGGAGAAGUCGACAUCGACACCAUUGUGGAUCACAAGGAGAUGCCGAUGUCGAGACCAACUGGCAGGGGUCGACCUCCGAAGCUGCAGUUGCAGUUCCGUGUACGCUUCAGACAUCACGCUGAUCCGAAGGAGGACAGAUGGUUUAUGAGAGAGAAACUGAUGCAGACCGCCCCACAGAUUGUCGCUCAUUAUGAGAAGUCAUUGCAGAAGGGAAAGCGCAAGAUCGAUUGAACUUCUCAGAGGACUAUCGAAGUAUGGAGGAGGGAAUGCGAAGCCCUAAGCCUCGCCAAG